AUGAAGGUCGAUAACUGUGCUAUCUGCCGUAACCACAUCAUGGAGCUGUGCAUCGAGUGUCAGGCAAAUGAGGCCUCUGCUACCAGUGAUGAGUGCACAGUGGCCUGGGGUAUCUGCAACCACCCCUUCCAUUUCCAUGUACGCCGGUGGCUGCAGACCCGCCAGGUCUGCCCGCUCGACAACACAGCAUGGGAGUUCCAGCGCUACGGAUCGUAGCCGCAGCAGCAGUCUCGACAG